UACGGCCAUCCUUCUUCCUUUCUCCACGAGCGAGCACUGAGCAGGGGAGUAUAGAGUUGGCCAAAGUUCGGGGUCUGACUCGCGCGAGUUGACUCGAAGUUGGAGAUGAGCUUCGAAGCAAUGUCGGUGCGCGGUUAUGGACUGGUGAUGCUCGCGAUCGUCGCGUCAUCGUCGCUCGUGUCUUCGCGAGAGCAGCUGAGCGCCCGACAAUGCGAGGAUCUAGGGUUCUCGGGCCUCGCCCUUUGCUCCGAUUGCAACGCCUUCGCCGAGUACGUCAAGGACCAAGAGCUAGUAUCUGACUGUUUGAAGUGUUGCACCGAAGAUUCUGAUGACGAGACUAGCAAGAUCACUUACUCUGGGGCAGUACUGGAAGUUUGUAUGAGGAAACUAGUCUUUUAUCCUGAAAUUGUUGGUUUUAUUGAAGAAGAGAAGGACAAGUUUCCUUCUGUUAAAGUCCAAUAUGUUUUCAACUCACCACCAAAAUUGAUCAUGCUGGAUGAGGAUGGCCAAUUCAAAGACACGAUAAGGAUCGACAACUGGAAACGUGAACAUGUCCUACAGUUUCUGAGAGAGAAGCUUAAACCUGUUUUGCCAAAGUAAAAAGAGUCAGGUUUGGCCGGAGGCGAUGUUGUAGAUUAGACACGAUGUUCCGUUUGAACUUAUUGAAGCAGUCUAAUGAUUCUGGUAUGGAAGGUAGAUGCCUGAUAUUUAUCUCUCUAUAAUUCUGACGACUGGUUAUGUUAGAAUCUCAUGCGAUAAAGGUUUCUCAUUCUAUGU